CUGGUCGUGAUUGGGGGGGCUGAGCAAAGGACAGCUCCUUCCAGUAAAAGGGAAUCCAGCCGUAGUAAGAAUUUUCCAGUUAAUCAUACAAGCUGGUGGUAAAAUCAGGCAAUAAAAGCAAGUAAAACACGUCUUAAAUCGCAGUCAUUAUUAAACCACGGAUUUUCUCCACAGAAAAAGCAGGACUCAUGUGGGCACUCCAGAUUCUCCUCUGCUUGGCGCUGUUGCUUUGCACAGAAAGUAGGGGUGCAGAGAGGAAUGCUCUUCAUGAUUAUGAGACGAGUGAAGGAGUCUAUUUGAACAGAACCAAUAGGCUCCUCCUGACCAAAAGGAAAUCACUUAGUGAAGUAAAGUGUGCGAGGCGGUGCAGCAGGAACAAGGACUUGUCUUUUGUAUGCAAGGCUUUUUAUUAUGACAAGAAAGAAAAUAAAUGCCACUGGCUGUCAUUUACCAGCAAAGCCCCAGGUGUUAGAAAAGAACUGGACUUUCGAUAUGAUCUUUAUGAAAAGAAAGAUUAUAUAAGGGAGUGCAUCAUCGGAAAUGGAUCAAACUAUAAAGGGAUGAAGACUGUUACAAAAACUGGCCUGAAAUGCCAGGCCUGGAGUUCUAUGGUGCCACAUGAGCACAGCUUUUUGCCUCCAAAAUACCGGAGCAAGGACCUGGAGGAUAAUUACUGUAGAAAUCCAGACAAUGAGGCUUCAGGACCCUGGUGUUUCACUACAGAUCCUGACAUCCGCCACCAAUCAUGUGACAUCCCUCAGUGUUCGGAAGUUGAGUGUCUGACUUGUAAUGGGGAGAAUUACAGAGGGUCAAUGGACCACACAGAAACAGGGAAGGAGUGCCAACGCUGGGACCUGAACCGGCCCCACAAACACGCGUUCCACCCCAAACGAUACCCAGAUAAAGGACUGGAUGAUAAUUACUGUCGUAAUCCUGACAAAAGACUUCGGCCUUGGUGCUUCACUCUGGACCCCAACACUACUUGGGAAUACUGCAGUAUUAAAGUCUGUGCUGAAAGUGUAAAAUCUGAUCCAGACACGACCACAAAGUGCUUCCAAGAUCAAGGGGAAAAAUACAGAGGCACAGUUAACACAGCACCCAAUGGAAUUAGGUGCCAGCGGUGGGACUCGCAAUACCCACACAACCACUCCUAUACACCCCAGAAUUACAAAUGCCACGAUCUAAGGGAGAAUUACUGUAGAAAUCCGGAUGGUGCUGAACUACCAUGGUGCUUCACAACGGAUCCCAAAGUGCGGGUCGCCUUCUGCACCCACAUCCCACGGUGUGGUACAGACACUUCUGAUCCAGAAGUACACUGUUACAAUGGCACUGGUGAGGACUACACAGGACACUUGUCAAAAACAAGAUCUGGUUUCCCAUGUGCAAUGUGGGACGAGGGCCUCAAAAGCAAAAGUUGGACUUUAAGUGAACCGUCAAUGGCUGGUCUGCAGAAGAACUACUGUCGGAACCCUGAUAAAGAUAAACAUGGCCUCUGGUGCUUCACAAACAACCCCUCAAUUCCUUGGGACUACUGUGAUUUAAAGCGCUGUGAAACGUCUGGGUCCAACAUUACAGAAACACAGUCUUGUUUUGUUCAUAAGAGAACCAGAAUUGUUGGAGGUGCUCCAGUGAAAAUUAAGGAAGCCAGCUGGAUGGUUAGCAUACAAAAAGGCAAUGACCAUUGGUGUGGUGGAUCAUUAGUAAGAGAGGAAUGGGUUCUUGCGGCUAAACAGUGCUUCUCCUCCUGCAUACCUGAUUUAACAGAAUACAGUGUCUGGUUGGGUUUUCUUCAUCUCAAUGAAGCAGGAAGAGAGGUUUCAAGUAAACAGGUUCUAAGGAUAUCCCAUCUUGUCUGUGGACCACAGGGCUCCGAUCUAGUGUUGCUGAAAUUAUCGGGGCCUGCUUGGCAGACGGAACAUGUUCGCAUAAUUCAACUCCCUGUUGCAGGAUGUGUCAUUAAAGAAAAUACCUACUGUACAGUUUAUGGAUGGGGAGAAACAAAAGGAACUGGAUAUGAUGGCAUGCUGAAAGCAGUAAAGUUACCAAUUGUUGGGAAUCAAAUAUGUAAUGAAUAUCAUAAAGGAAGGAUUCCAGUGACAGACUCGGAGGUCUGUGCUGGGGGAAGGAAGGAUGAAGGAGUAUGUGAGAAAGACUAUGGGGGCCCACUGGUGUGUGAGGAACAUGAUGUUAAAGUAGUACAAGGUGUUAGCGUUCAUGGCCGAGGUUGUGGUCGUCCUAACCGCCCUGGGAUCUUUGUCAGUAUACCAUAUUACACAGACUGGGUUCACAAAGUCUUCAAAAUACUAUCGAGCCCUUAAAACGUUGUUGUAUUAUGAAAGUAAUUUAUUAUCAAGUAUGUUCAAUCUUUUAUAAGGACAUUUUGUUUGUUGAUCUUUUUCUUUUUACGUUCUUGACAUCUGUGAUGUUGUAUUUUUGUAUGUAUGUGUGGUGGAGUAUCCCACUUCCUGACACCAACUGUGAACAAGAUGGCUGCAGGGGUGACGUCAGACCAGAAACACAGACUCAACUCCAGGAAGUAGCGGGGCAAAACUGAAUCAGUUAUUUGAUUUUAAAUAAUAAACAAAAGAUUUAAACAAAACUACACAAAAGAAAAGGGCACAUUGGCCAAACAAACAAUAAACAAUAACAAGUAUUGUUAUUUCGCUGUGUUUACUACCUCCUCUCCACACUCGGUCUCCACUCUGAACCCUUUACCGAGUGCAGCCAAAUGGCAGAUCUUUUAUAAUUUGUGACCGAGGGACUAACUAACUAUCAAUUAUUAUAUUAUCCCUUAGUCACAUUCUUCACUGGUCUACCAAGUCUGUGUGGCUGUCAGUUAGUUAAACAAUCAGUAGCUGACAGUCACGCAUUCUCACGAGGUAUUUAAAAUUCAAAAAAAUACAAAACACAUAAUGGUGGCGACUUUUCGUCCGCACUACAAACAAUAAUAAUACUAAUAAACAGCGCACAUAUAUAUAGGGACGGGACACUUCGCCACAGUAUGUUACUGUUUAAGAAAAUCCUAGUGUAAGAUGUGGCUCAAUAUUUACAAUUCCAAGAGCUGUUAAUGUAGCAUCACAACCAAGAAGCAAAAAUCACGGAAAUGAAAUGAUAAGCAUGGGUUUGUAAAAGGGUUUUUAUAGAAUUCUGUGAUUUGUAAAAGGAAGUGUGCGCACCACAUCAGUGUUGUACUGCAAAGCACAUUUGACUCUUGCACUGUUGUACUUUUAGUUUUAUUUCAAGUUUCAGUUCAUAUGCUCUGCAUGGUUUACUCACAAUUUGUGUCCAAUUACUAGCACGCCUGAAAACCAUGACCUAUAUCACUCAACACAGAUUACAGUUACAUAAAGUAACAAUUUUCAGAAUCAAGACAAAUCUGAAAUCAGCUAAUGUGACUUAUUUUUUUAAUUUGACCUUUCUAGAGUACAUGAGUGACAUGUGCAUCAUGGACAAAUCCAAUGUUUGUUUGUAAAUUACUUGAAUGGAUACAGUAUCACAAAGAAAAAGAUGUAGGACCCCCUUAGGAAGCAAGUCAUUUUCAGUAUUACUAUGUGGACCCAACUGCUCAUAAUCAAACCACGUAAGGUUUUUAGAAAUGACAAUGUUGUAAGCUGUGGUUCAGCUGGAGAUUUGGAAUGAGUUUUAUAUAUACAGUUGAGUCGAUCGUAGGCUUCAUAUUGUACAGCAGGUCUUAUAGAUCUCACAUUUGUACUUUGAAAUGUUAUGUAAAUAGGUAUAUAACUUCUACCUGUGUAGGGGUAGAUUUACAAAGAUAUGCUCUUGCAUAGAAUGACUUUUGCCCCGUCACAGUGUGUGCAAUGCUAUGCUUUAUGAAAAUAAUUCCCAGUGGAGGCUUUACUUUACGUACAGAGGAGGGAUUCAAUGGUAAUUUUAGUUAUCAUAUCUAAUGGACUUAAUUUUUGUUUGGUACUGGUGUGUUGUAUAUCAAUUUAAUGUUCAAUGUCAUGUAAUAUAUCUUUGAAAUAAAGUACAGUGAUUUUUUUGUGUGUGUUAGUUGUCAAGAAAUUAUGUUGUGUGUGUGUGUGUGUGUUUUUUAUCUUUCUAUUGAACACUGAAAGAAAAAAAUAGAUAUAAUGCUUGGUUCCAUUAGUUUAUCUGCUGGACAGAAAAUGGUAGAUGAAUGUAAAACAUGUGUGUUAAGGUAUUUCUAAAAAGAGGCAGUGCCGUAGUAAAGUUGAAACUAAUCAAUGUCAGAGUUGCUUUGUUGAGCCCAUAUUACAGUUACUGCAUUAAAUGUAUGGGGGUAGUUGUAGCUUCUUGUUGCCCAUGAAUUUGUCUGAACACCCAGCAAACUGAUUGUAUAAUCACAUGCUGUAUGUAUUUGCUUUACCUAAGAAUGUAUAUACAGUUCUCCCUUGUUGUUUUACCAUUUGAUAAUGGAGUUUACUAUAACGUAUCAUGUAUUGUUCACCUACAAUGCCAAAAAAAGACGGAAAUGUGGCAAAAGGCUUUACUAUUUUUGAGAACCAGAUGCAAUUGCAAUGGCUACUUUAUAAUCUACUGUGCCAAAUACUUAAAUUGCACAGAAAGUAAGAUUCUAAUAGCAAUGUACGUAAUAGACAUUUAUAUAGGUACUGCUUUUUUUGUUUGCCAAAGGAUUCCAUAACCUAAUUAAGGUGGGAAUACUUUAAACUGCUGUGUUCUUUUGUAACUCUUUGUUGUAUUUGUUAUUAUGAAAGUGUAUUAAAAUAUUUUAUCUAA